AAGACUUGUCAAUAUCAGGCAUAGAGCCAGAGCUGCAGUCUGUAGAGAGCAGCAUCUCCCAUCUUCUCGUUAAUGACCCUGACAAUGAAAAGGAGAUCAAUGCGCUGGAAAACACCCAGAUUUCGACUGUCGACUUUGACUUUGAGGAUGAGGAGUGGACAGAGGAUGAGGAGGAAUACACUGACAACGUAGUGAAAGACCCUGACUUUACAAUCAGGACUACAUCCACCCUUUUCGGUAGGGAUGUGGAAACAUAUGGAGUCAUCACACCUGGGGAGGAGGUGUUUGAUCAUGACAUGCAGGGAGGAGAGGAGGAUGAUGAUGACAUCGAGUUUCCGGACGAGGUCAAGGUCAACCACUCUAGAGACAUCAAGGAUGAGCAGUGUUUCAUCGUUUACAAAAAAAACCUGCUGCAACUCGUCACCUUCCUGCUGCACCUUCCAGAAGAGAUGAAGUCCAGAGAGCCAGAAUGCACAAGUACCGUACGCCUUGGCCCUGACCCAGUGACCAAAUCUGUUGGCAGCGGAAUGGUCCUUAAAUGGUACUGCAGUGAUGGACACCUUCUCUGGAGGUGGUGCAGUCAGCCCACAUUCAAAUAUGGUUUGCAGGGGGGGGAUUUCAUGCUGUCUUCCAGUUUAUUGUUGUCAGGCAACAAUUACAGCAAGAUAAGCCUAAUGUUCAAGUUCAUGUACUUAGGUUGUGUGUGCGACUCAACUUUUCGCAAGAUCCAGUUGCAGUACUGUGUGCCGGUAAUCGACAGAUUCUGGAAAAGACAACUGAAUGCCCUCAUUCCCGAGAUGAAGAGGAGGAACAGUGUUGUUCUGCUUGGAGACGGAAGGAUGGAUUCCCCUGGCCAUUGUGCACAAUACUGCACUUACACUGUCAUGGAUGAAAAGACAAGAGCCAUCGUCGCCCUCGAAGUUGUUGAUAAGAGGGAAACAGACAGAAAGUCUGCAAUAAUGGAGAAGAAGGGCUUCGAAAAAGCGAUGGACUUUCUGCUUGAAGCAGAUGUGCCGGUCAAAGAGGUGAGCACUGACGCACACCCACAGAUUGGUGCAAUGAUGAACGCUGACAAGGGGAAGUAUGGCAGGAAGUACAUCUUCCAUUCACUGGAUGUCUGGCACGGAGCAAAAAACCUGAUGAAAAAACUAUUGGCAGCACUGUGGACUGGUGUCUUGCACCAUGUGUGUGAUGAACACCAAUGGGAUCUUGGAGCUUGUGACCAUGACCCGAUCACAGAGGAGACCCCUCGGACCAAAACCUGGCUUGUGCCUGGUUCUCCAGCCCACAAGAAGCUAACCGCCAUCAUCAUGAAUCCGAGAUGGCUGAAGACAAUUUACAAGUACCUGCGCUUCCGAACAACCUCUGAUCUGGAGUCGUUCCAAAACCACAUCCUGAUGUAUGCCUCAAAGAGGUAUGGUUUCAGCCCCCCAGUCUACGAAGCCCGUUGCAAGUUGGCAGCCCUAGAUUACAACGAACACAAAGACAGGGCAGUGUGGAAGACAAAAGAUGGGGAUAUCAAGUACAAGAGACGCUUCCAGAAGAAGUCAGAUAGGUGGUCUAUCUACGUUUCGAGGGAGCCAAAGAAAUACACAUACAUCACAGACCUGCAGGCAGAAAUCUUGGAUGAAAGGAUUGACUUGGGAAAGGGAAUGAGCAGGAAGCAGCCAAUGUCAGAGACUGAUCCUAGGAGGCUCGGUCUUCUGCCCAGAGUGCCACCAGUCCCAACCAAUGUGCUGGUCCUGGAGCACAGGUCCAGGAUAGAUGAGUCUGCAGGGGAGUCUUCAACGUUUUUGGGAUUGUCAUAGUUUUCUGUUAUUGUAGGGUAGGUAGGUAGAUAUUACAGUCGGGUUUGUCGGUAACCUUUGUAUUGGCCUUGUGGGUCAGGAAAAGUGUUUCUGAUCCUCCACACACAACAACUGGGUAUCACAACUCUAUUGCCCUCUCCCAGGCGCCCAUACUGCCACAGUACAAACUGUCUGUAGGCAGCAUGCCGGAACUCUGUUGUCUUCCCCAGGCUCCUGGACGUCCUGCAAGGCCAGAAUGUCAUUCCUGUACAUUCUGGCCAGCCUCAGGGUACCGUUGUCCAGAAUGUACAAAUCCAUGUCCUGAAAAAGAUCAUGCUUAGGUCAACACUGUGCUUUUUUUAUGAUAUGUACUGACAUAUAUGACAUGUACUGCCAAAUAUUAAAUUGCCU